GAGAAAUGCAUUUGACACAGUUCCAGUUGAAAUGGCACAAGGAGAUAGUGAACAAAAUUUGACAAUGCCUCCCUUUAGUACCGGGGACAUGGGCCAUCACCAGGCACACUGCCGCUGACCCAGGUUCCCCCUUUUCUUCCCCAGCCUAAAGAUGGCCAGCGCCAAUGAGACUGAAGAGGGCCAUGGCUCAGCACCCAGUGCAGCGUCCACUUACGCCAAGCUGCUACUCCUGGGCUUCAUCAUCUGUGUGAGUCUAGCCGGGAACCUGUCUCUCUCGCUGCUGGUGUUGAAAGAGCGCGGCCUCCACAAGGCCCCCUAUUACUUCUUGCUGGAUCUGUGCCUGGCGGAUGUGAUCCGCUCGGCUGUCUGCUUCCCUUUUGUUCUCGUCUCGAUCCGCCACGGCUCUGCUUGGACCUACAGCGUACUGAGCUGCAAGAUUGUGGCCUUCAUGGCUGUUCUCUUCUGUUUCCAUGCUGCCUUUCUCCUCUUCUGCAUCAGCGUCACUCGCUAUAUGGCUGUGGCUCACCACCGCUUCUAUGCCAAGCGCAUGACUUUCUGGACGUGCAUCGCUGUCAUCUGCAUGGUGUGGACUUUGUCAGUGGCGAUGGCCUUCCCGCCUGUCUUCGACGUUGGGACCUACAAGUUCAUCCGCGAGGAAGACCAGUGCAUCUUUGAGCACCGUUACUUCAAAGCCAACGACACCCUGGGCUUCAUGCUGAUGCUAGCCGUGCUGAUCUUUGCCACUCACGUGGUUUAUAUAAAGCUGCUGCUCUUUGAGUACCGCCAUCGCAAGAUGAAGCCUGUCCAAAUGGUUCCAGCUAUCAGCCAGAACUGGACGUUCCAUGGACCUGGAGCCACCGGGCAAGCUGCAGCCAACUGGAUUGCUGGUUUUGGCCGUGGCCCCAUGCCUCCGACAUUGUUGGGCAUACGGCAGAACGCCCACGCUGCCAACCGGCGAUUGCUGGGCAUGGAAGAAUUCAAGGCUGAGAAGAAGCUAGGCAGGAUGUUCUACGUCAUCACUUUGCUCUUCUUGGUGCUCUGGUCACCCUACAUUGUGGCCUGCUAUUGGAGGGUAUUUGUCAAAGCCUGUAGCAUCCCCCAUCGCUACCUCUCCACAGCUGUUUGGAUGAGCUUUGCCCAAGCGGCUGUCAAUCCCAUAGUUUGCUUUCUACUCAACAAAGACCUCAAGAAAGGCUUGAUUGCCCACAUUCCCUGCUGGAGGACAGAGCCUGAAUUGCCCAGAGAGCCUUACUGUGUGAUGUAAGGAAUGCUAAAAGGUUGGCUAGAAUGCACCCACACACACACACACACGCCAACUGGAUUUCUUUUUCUUUUUCCUUAUACGUCACAUGAGGUUUUUCUUCCCCUGCAACGGGUCACGUGUCUCCCAGAGUCCUUGUAUCACAAACACUCUUGAUCUCUCUGUUUGUCUAAGGGCAAUUCUCGAAACCAUCCAUUAGCUGCUAUGAGAACCAGAGCUGGAUUCUGGUCUGUGUUCCUCUGGGGUAAAUCCAGAGCCAUACGCCAAACAGUAUUUGGUCACUAGUAGUAUUCCCAUCAGUUCUCAGAAGAGGUGAAAAAAAAAUAAUUCUAUGCUUUCCUGGUUUUAUAAUCCCCAAACUCUAUCAAAUCAUUUAAGACUGUCCCUUAUAAAACUCUAUCCCUAGCUUCUUAAUACCCAUCAUUGCAUUGAAAGUAGGCCAGAGUUAGAUAUUUGGGGUUUGGUCUCCCAGAGCGAAGCCAAAACUAUUCCACUUUACUGGAGCAGAAAUAGUUUGCACUCAGUGGUUUUGUUUGGAGCUAAAGGGUGACAAUGAAAAGGGGUCCCUAUUGAUGGAAUGUGCUUUUAAGGGAGAUUAAUUUUCUGAUCCAGUAACUCCAUCAAUGAAACAAAUUCCACGUCAUCUCAGAAUUUGUGGGGCUACGGAGGAACGGGCCGAGAGAGGGUGUGGAGGAAAGGAGGCAGCAGACAAGAAUUGUUCAAGGGGAAGCCAUGGAGCUAGCCUUGAGUUAGCCUUGACUUAGCUCUUCGUCUGUCAGAAGCAGUAACCAGGGAGCUUUGGAAACUCCACCUCAGUUGCCAUGGCAGCAACCAAUCCAAGACCCCCGUAGACCCUGUCACUCUGGAACAAUGCAAGGAAGAAGAUGCAGGAGAAGCAUUUGGUGGGGAGAGGCCUGUAGCGGUGGUGGUGGGGGGAGAAGAAACCUUUCCCUUAAGAGUGGGAAACGAUAUAUCGAUAUGCAAAGCAGAAUGCAUUCAAGGCUGCAGAUGAAUGUAGGGUGGCUGCGUGGAAAUCAUAAGGCAUGAUGUCAGCUUCAUAGUACAUAUUCCCUCUGCUAAGAUGAAAGGCAACAAACGAGGUUUAUGUAUUUCUGUAGCCCCUCCCCAUUCCUACUUGCAAACAUUCAAAACAGGUGAAACAUCAGUAAAUCCUAUCCAUGCCACAUACGACAGCAUUUUCUGCACCUGUUGGGAGAUGUUUACAGUUUUAAGUAAGAUGCUAACCUGCCCAAAUCCAGCGUCCCAUAUUUCAGGAUUAUUUCAGCAGACAAGUUAUUGGUCUUUGGAUUAUUGAUAGAAAGAGGACAGGGUGUCUAUUGAGUUAGAAAAGGCACCCUAGUUCUAAACCCUACAAUGGAAAUCAGACCUAGGAAAAUGUGGGGGCGGGUAGACAGCUUGUAAAAGACAAUAUGGGUGUACUGGUUACACAACUGGGAGAGAAAAUGUUACCCCUAAUUUUUAGCAAGGGCAGUGAAAAAGAUAGAAUCUAAUUUCCUGAUUCUCUUCAUCCCAAAAUAUGAAUAGAGUUUGGGGUUUGGAACCGGAGAAACUUAGGGUUGAGUUCAUACUUAGUUAUAUGGCCCACCCGCCCUGUUGUUGCGUUUUCUGAAGCAGGAACUCUCCAAAUUCAACCUGACCAAUUCCUAGCCAUAGAGUUUGAUCCCGCUGACAUGGACAUGGUUACCGUUUGCAAUGGAGUGCUCCUUAUGGGAUGGGAUUGGGAGGCAUGGGCUGGGAGAAAAGAUUUAGGGGGAAGGAAAUGUUGGAGAAUGAUUCCUGGAAAAGAAGCAUUGUUGCCGGCAUUGUGUGAGAAAGGCAAAUGGGACGCUUGAAGAGGGCUACAUGUCAGGGAAAGAACUGGGGGGGAAUAUUAGUUCAGGAAAUGAAAGAGUCAGAGCCUGGGAUUGGGGGCAGGAUAUGGGGAAGAACCAGAUGAAUUUAGUGCAGAGAUUGGGGUUUCCCCCACCUUUUUUUCCCUCCAAAGGACUCUGAUGUUUACUUUUGCCACUGAAGAAGACUGUUCGUCUUAACCCUCCUCCGGUCUUGCCACCACAGUAUGGCCUUAAUCACUGGCCAGCAUUACGGCCACCCCAUGGAGAACCAUAUUUGAAAAAAAAUAUGGCAAAUGAACAGAUUAUUUCC